AUGGAUUUAUCUCCCACAGCUCUGAUCCUGUGUUCUCUAUUGUGUUCAGUGGCCGCUCAGGCUCCUGUUGUCUCAGUGGAGCCCAAAGCCGCCACCGUGCGCCAAGGAGAGUCGGCCAGCUUCCGGUGCCAGGUGAGCAGCGGGGCGCCGCCGGUCCAAGUGGAAUGGAGACGAGCCAACAACCAGGAAUUACCAGAAAAUGGGAAAGUUGGCCCGGACGGCUCCGUUCUGACCAUUGCUAAUGCCCGACCUGGAAACCAGGGUCAAUACCGCUGUGUGGCAUCCAACCGUGCUGGCCGUGCAGCAGCCAGUGUGGUGCUGAACGUCAAAUAUGCUCCUAAGGUGGAGCUGACCCCAGCAGGGCCCCUGCGGGUCCGGAUGGGUGAGUCCGUGUCCGUGGGGUGCCAGGCCUCCGGCAGGCCUCGACCCAAGCUGUCCUGGAAACGCCAGGGAUCCACCCUGCAGCUGGUUACCACGGAGACCGACAACGUCAACAGCCUCCAGUGGUCGGCAAUCCGUCCAGAGGACUCAGGAGUUUAUAUCUGCCACGCGGAGAACACGGAGGGGGUGGCAGAGGUCAAAGUGGGGGUCGUCGUUGAGGGGGGGCUGGGAGCUCCGGUGGCCUCGGUGAGCGCUACAGAAAUGACGGUGAUCGAGGGACACACGGUGGUGAUGGAGUGCCAGGCCAGCGGUUCGCCCACCCCUGACAUCACCUGGUCCAAGCUCAGAGCGCCCUUACCCUGGAAACACACCGUGUCUGGUGGAGUUUUGACUCUGACCAGCGUGGGGCGCCAAGACUCUGGACAAUACAUCUGUAACGCCACGAACGCCCAUGGAUACAGCGAGGCGUACACUCAGAUGGAGGUGGACAGCCCUCCGUACGCCACCUCCCUGCCCGACCAGGUGAGGCUCCAGCCCGGAGACGCUCUGCACCUGCAGUGUCUGGCUCACGGCUCCCAUCCCAUCCAGUUCACCUGGAGCCGCGUCGGCAGGCCGAGCCUGCCCGCGGGGUCGGAGACCACCAGGGACGGGAAGCUGAUGAUAGCCCACAUCAAACAGAGCGACGCAGGCACCUACAAGUGUGUGGCCACCAACCACGUAGGCUCCAGUGAAGCACUGGCCAGAGUCGCCAUAAAAGUUUAA